ACCUCGCAGCUUUGACGUCACGACGGUGCAACGCGUCACGCUGCGUGCGACACACAGUGAUCAGUGUGCUCCGCCCAGCAGCAGCAGCAGGAGGAGGAAGAGGAGAAGGAGGAAGGAUCGUGUUUACUCGUGGGGUCCAGCGGCUACAAUGGAGAUAGAAGCGUGGUACAUGAACAGCUCUGACGAGGACCAGAGGAGGCCGCGGAGACUGGAGCCCAACCAGCCUGCUUCGCUGGGCGUGCUGGAGCAGCUCGGGGUGUUCCACAGGAAGUUGAAUGCUGAUAUCUAUGAAACUGACCCAGAGCUGGAGCAGAUCCGCAAGGACCAGGGCUACAGCUACAUGGACAUCAUCACUGUUCACAAGGACACGCUACCUAGCUACGAGGACAAGCUGAAGAUGUUCUUCGAGGAGCACCUGCACCAGGAUGACGAGAUCCGCUACAUCCUGGACGGCCGGGCCUACUUUGACGUCAGGGACAAGGAGGAUAGAUGGAUCAGAAUUUCUAUGAGCAAAGGAGACUUGAUCACUUUACCGGCAGGAAUCUACCACCGCUUCACCCUGGACGAGACCAACUACACUAAAGCCAUGAGGCUGUUUGUGGGGGAGCCUGUGUGGAAGGCUUACAACCGUCCAGCUGAUGACAUGGACGUCCGUUUGAAGUACAUGGCUUCUCUGCAGUGAUCCUGGGACAGGAAGACGCUGCACACAUCAUCAUCAUCAUCAUCAUCGAUAGACUGGAAUCCGUCAGGGUCUCUAAUGUGAUUCUACCAGGGCAAUAAAGCAGGUUUUCUAAUGAGUGAAAAUGAAACGAUGUAGCAAACAUUUAGACAAGCUCAGUGGAAAUCUAGCUGCUUAAAUACUCGGAGAUGCAAGUGUUUUUCAUAUUUGCUUACUCUUCCAACCACUAUAUUUAAGUGGCAAAUACCUGACUUCACUACAGUUGCUAAGAUAAACACUGCAGUACCCAUUAAUACAUAGAGUAGUUAAUAUAAUUCCCACCUUUACUUCUGUGACAGGAUGAAGAAAUAGAUUUUAUGGAGAGAUGUUAUUGCUAAGACCAGGUGCAUCAGGGAAACUGGCAGAUGAUCCGUACCAACAUUAACUAGUUCUAUUAACCUCCACAAAUCUUACCUGAAGAUUAUUGAACAAGACAUCGAAGUGAGGGUGAAAGAGAAUUAAACAAAAUAGAUCUAAACCCUGACAAUCUUCAAAUCACCGGCUACUUUGAAAAUAAUUCAAGUUUAAAGUACAAUAAAUAGCAAUGUUUCACUUAGGAAGGAGCCAUUUUGAAUAAUGAUCACCUCAGUUUUUGGUACGUUAUUAAAAUAUGUAGCUGGUGCUUACAUAUUACAUAAAUAUAUAUAUAGAAGUUAUGUUGUUCAGGUUAAGCCUUGAAUGCAGAGAUUUGAAAUGUGCUAAUUAGCACUAGCGCCAACUGAUACAUAAUAUUGUUCAAUCACUGAAUUAUGAGCAUCUGUGUAUAUUGUCCAAUAUAAAAAUCUUUUUUACAGGUCAAGAUACAAAAAAAAUAAAUCCUUGGGGUUAAUGAGAAAUGGUGUAGUCAGUUUGUCCAGCAGAGGGCGCUCCAACUCCAUUGUGUAUAGCAAUGUGUGGCAUAUGUAGCAUCACAGCUGAGUGGAGGGGGGGGGGGGGGGGGGGGUGCUGAGGAAGGUAGUCUUCACAAUAAAUCACUGACUACUUUGUGAAAUACGUCACUUAAUGAACAACAACCCCAUCCCUCUUCAGGUUAACUCAAACAAACUCUAUAGAAUUGGCAGUAUUAGUAUUAGUCGAACCAUAAUUAAUACUUUGCUGCUUCUGAAUACUUCUACCACUGCUGGGUAAAAGUGCCUUCUUCUCUUUGAUUAUUAUAUAUAUAUACUAGGUUCUGUCAAAUCUUACCUUCACCAGCAUUGGAGAAAAAUGUAUCAGGCAAUGAAUUUUCAUGUUUUUAAUUUUCACAGUAAAAUAUCCUGGUUGCUGGUGAUGUUGAGAGUAUUUGUUAGUGUGUGUGCUGCAAAACUUUAUAUCUGAAAAUUAAACUGGCAAUCACAAGA